CUCGAGGGCAUCGUCUUUCUGAUAGAGGAGAUCCGGAAACUCUUUCAGGCGCCUUCCUUGUCCAUUGGCGUCCAUUAUAAAGGAUCCACGCUAUGGACCAAAGGAUUUGGCUAUGCGAACCUCGAGACUGAACUGGUGCCUGACUCGAGCACGGUCUACUCUAUUGGGUCGUGCACCAAAGGCUUCACUGGGACCGCCCUGAGCCUUCUUGCACAGCGAGGCACUGUUGACUUGGGCGACACCGUCUCCUCCAAAAUUCCGGGGCUCGAGACCGUAAACAACCCAAAAGUGGCCGAGAAGAUGACCAUUCGGGACAUGCUCUCUCAUUGCGCGGGUCUUUCCUCCAUGCCGUUCGAGGUGCUGGGGAGAGACGGACAUGUGCUUGCUGAGUAUAAAGACAUUGUUCACAUCUUCAACCACCUGCCACAAGCCGCUCCGUUCAAGUCGGAGUGGACGUACAAUAACUGGCUAUUUGCACUCGCGGGGACUCUGAUCGUGCAAGAGUCCGGGUCCUCGUACGGAAAGUUUAUUCAGCGAGAGAUUCUGAAGAAGAUUGGCAUGAAAAGGACAUUUACGAGUGCCCCCGUGGAUCAAAACCACGCAUUGCCCUACCUUGUCUUCGAAGACGAAAACAAAGCCCCAAUGCCCGUCAACCUCCCUCACCUGGAUGAUGGAGUCGCCUUUGACAGCUCAGGGGCUGUCCGGUCUUGUGUUGAUGAUCUUUUGCUCUGGUCCAGGGCUCUCAUGGAGGCUCAUCCGUCCCGCUGCCAUGACAAGAGCCUCGAAACCCUUCAAGAUCCUGGAUGUUUCUCUGCCGCGGCGCAAAAACCACAUUUCCCCCUUUCUGGUGGCAGGGAUAGGAACCAGCAGUAUGCACUUGGCCUGUUCAACCUUCAACUCCCAACGACGGAAAUGAACCUAGUUACCAACCCCGAUGUCAACAGCCGAGACUACUCCAUCGGUAAGGACUCUGGAGCUCCUCGGCCAGUCAUUGGCCACACUGGGGAGUUGGGCGGCUUUCUCUCUGCGUAUUGGACUUUUCCAGAAGACGAUUGUGCCAUCGUCGUUCUCACCAACUCGUUUCAGAUCAAUGGGGAUCCGACAAAUAUCAUCGCUCAGCUACUGACGCAAACUGUUUUUAACAUGAAGCCCUGGGUUGACUUCAUGGAAGUAGCCCAGAACGUCGUUGAUAACGCCAAGAGUCGUUGGGAUACUGUCGUCGAACAAUUGGGAUUGCAUCGAGUCCCUGGCACAUCUCCAAAGUCCCUGGACGCAUAUGUCGGCCAGUAUGAAAACCAAGGUCUGGCCAUGAGACUUAACGUAUCUCUUUCUGGGGAUGAAAGCUACCCCCUUCAUCUAUGUAUCAAUGGCUUGGAAGGUCAAGUGUUCGAGCUCUACCACUACCAUACGGAUUCGUGGACAUUUGUGCGUGGAACGCGAGAUGAGUGCAUCGAGAAAGGCUAUGCAAUGUACCUGUUGAGCUGGGAAUCUUGGAUCAUCGAGUUUGAUGUCCUUGAAAGUGGUCAAUUUCUCGAGGUUAAGUGGAGGCUUGACACUGAUGAACGUCUGGAGCCACAGGUAUUCCUACGUACAUAG